AUGGUAGACCUGUUUGAAGACGCAGCCGAGGCGCCAGACGAGCAGCAGCUCUCCAUCAACCAGUCGUAUGCUGAAAGGUAUCAACAUAACAAGCGGAGAGUACAUCUUGAGCAGCUUCAGCAGAAAUACGGAGAAGAAGAGGGGGACAGUGACGAGUCGGACUCAGAAGAUGUGACCGAGGACGAGGACGGCGAGCAGCUCACACCUCAGGUGGAUGCGGCGAUUCUGCGCACACUGCAGCGCAUUCGAGAAAAAGGAAGUGAUCUGUAUGAUGCAGAUAAUCGUGUGUUCGAUAUCGAGCAGGCGCAGCUAAGGAAAGGAGCACCGAGUGCUAGGAGCAGCAGCUCAAAAAAAAUGACGCUGCAAGACUACCAACGCAGCCGCGUGCUCGAUGCCAUGAAGAACUCGAGCGAUCCUGCCAAAGACAUUGCAGAUGCUACUAUGCGUCAACCAGAGCCGGCCAUCGACACGAAGAUGCCAGCAACGCAUGACGCCGAGCAGGAAGCCAUCCGUGCCGAGUUCCUCGAUGCAGCACGGGAAGACGGCGAGGACGACGACUUGUUUCACGUUCGUAAGGCUGAUGGUGAAGAUACAUACCGUUCGGCAUUGAUGAAUGCGCUCGGCAACGAGGGUAAUGAGGACCAGAUUCGCAGCCUGCUCCGAGAUCACACCGACGAUGCAUCGCGGUCCAAAGAAAGCGAAGACUUCUUAAUGAAUUACAUCAUGAAUCGCGGAUGGGUCGACACUGAUCUGCCGACGACUGCACCAAAUGCCCGCGAUUGGGAAGCUGAGGCCGCAGAGCUUGAAUCGGAGGCUUCGUUCGACUCGGCAGCUGAUGCAUUUGAGCAUGCCUACAACUUCCGCUUUGAAGAUCCAUCUCUUGCUCAAAAAGCAUUCGCCAUUGAUAGCUUUCCAAGACAUACGGAAGACUCUAUCCGAAGACCAGAUGACCGUCGUAAAAAGGCACGGCACGAGCGAACUGAGCGCAAAAAGAGCGAGAAAAAGACCAAGAUGCGAGAGCUUGAGCAGCUCAAGGCUCUCAAGCGCCAGGAAAUCGCCGAAAAGCUCAAGAAGCUGCGUCAAGUAUCAGGCAGUGACAACCGCAUGGAUGGACAUGCAUUCGAUGGCGUAGACUUCGACAAGGACUUUGACCCCGAGGAGCAUGAUCGGCUCAUGCAGGCGCAAUUCGAUGAUGCAUACUAUGCCCAAGCCGACAAUGACAAGCCACAGUGGGAUCAAGACAUUGACGAAAUUAUUGCGGCUGAGUCUAAGCCGGAGAAAAAGAGCAAAAAGAACAAGAACAGCGCAGAGGACGUCAUGGACGCUGACUUUGUAGACGGUCAGGACACGAAGCUGUCCAAGAAGGAGCGCAAGGCACUUAAGAAGAAGGAGAAAAAAGCUGCCAAGAAGCAGCAAGACGCAGAUGAUGCCGUGGACGAAAAUGACAUGGAUGCAGAAAAGAUCGAGAAUCGCGUGCCUGAGGCAGACCGCCAGAAAGAGGCCCGUGAGCUGAUGGACGAGUACUACAACUUGGGCUACGAGGACAUGAUUGGUGAUACACCGACGCGGUUCAAGUACGCAUCUGUACCGAAGGACAGUUACGGUUUGAGUGCUGUCGAUAUCCUGAUGGCAGAUGACGCUGACCUGAACAACGUUGUGGGUCUCAAGCACAUGCAACCAUACCGCCGUGGACCGACCCGACCGGCCAACCUGAAAAAGCGCCUGAAGCGGUUCCGCGACGAUAUGGACGCGCGAGAACAGCCACAAGAGCAGCCGAAAAAGAAGCGGCUUGGCAGGAAAGAGAGGCAGCGGCUCAAAGAGAGUUCAUAG